AUGGCAAAGUUGAGUGUGGCCGUAGACGAAAUCAAGAAGCAUGCACAAGAAAGUGAUUGUUGGAUCGUCGUGAACGAAGUCGUGUGGGAUAUCACCGAUUUCAUACCCAGGCAUCCUGGCGGUAAUGAAAUAAUUACCAAACACGCUGGCCUCGAUGCUUCAUCAUCGUAUAAUUCCGUCCACUCACCAGACCUCAUCUCGAAAACACUUGGACCAAGCAAGCGCAAGGGAACGGUCGACUUGGCAACCAAUGUUGAUGUACUCAAACCGCCACCAACGGAAUCCGCACAGCCAGUAUUGAAAAUUGGAGCUAAGCCACCGUUAUCAACGCUCAUCAAUAGCUAUGACUUCGAAGCUGUCGCCGAGAAGACGUUGACCAAGAAAGCAUGGGCGUUCUACUCUUCCGCCGCGACGAAUCUGGUGACAAGAGAUGCGAACAAAAGCAUGUUUGACCGAAUUUGGUUUCGUCCAAGAUUGUUGAGAAACAUCAGACACAUUAACACUUCUACAUCGAUACUAGGCGAGAGUGUAAAGUUGCCGUUCUUUGUUAGUCCUGCAGCGAUGGCAAAAUUGGCGCACCCGGAUGGAGAAUUGGCGCUGGCACGAGGAGCCGAGAAGUUCGGAAUCGCACAAUGCAUUUCCACCAAUGCAUCAUACACAAUGGCCGAGAUCACGUCGAGUGUUUCACCAGGAUCAUUACCGUUUUUCUUCCAGCUUUACGUCAACAAACACAGAUCUGCGUCAGAAAAGCUGCUCAAGGAUGCGGAGAAGAAUGGUAUCAAAGGCGUGUGGUUCACCAUUGACGGCCCGGUACAAGGGAAACGAGAAGGCGAUGAACGUGUCAAGGUCGAGUCAGCAACAUAUGCCAAAGCAGCAAUCAGCGGUGCGGCUGCAACGAAUGACAGUAAAGGUGGAGGUUUAGGCCGGACCAUGGGUACUUACAUUGAUGACACAUUCAGCUGGGAAGAUAUCAAGUGGCUCCGCAAGUCUACUCAAUUACCUAUCGUGGCGAAGGGGGUACAGACCGCCGAAGAUGCGGUGCUCGCUAUGAAGUAUGGUUUGGACGGCAUCGUCAUAACGAACCAUGGAGGUCGUAAUCUCGAUACGUCUCCUCCAUCACUGCUUACUCUUCUCGAGAUCCGGAAACAUCAUCCUGAGGUGUUCCGACACCUAGAAGUCUAUAUUGACUGCGGCAUUCGGCGCGGUACGGACAUUGUCAAAGCUCUGUGCCUGGGCGCAAAGGCAGUGGGAAUGGGGCGACCAUUUCUCUACUCGUUGACGUAUGGUCAAGAAGGCGUCGAACACUUCAUCGACAUCAUGAAGGAUGAGCUUGAGACAACGAUGCGCCUCCUGGGCAUCACAGACCUGUCACAAUGCCAUCCCAGGUAUCUCAAUAUUGGUGACGUGGAGCACUUGAUACCUAAAUCUCUUGAGUCACCACUGCCAGAGAUUCCGCAAUCAACGCCCCGUUCGAAAUUGUGA